AUGGCAUUGACAAGCAGAAGAACCCCUCCUCGAGACCCCACCAAGUUCCCGGCUACACAGCUCUUUCUACUCGGUACGUGGCGAAGACGCGACCCAUUCCUUGGCCUCGGCCUCAACCUCAGCCUCGACCUCGCAACCGCUAACCAUAUCCCACAGCACUCGUACGGGCGGCGGAACCGAUUGCAAUCCUAUCAAUCCUCCCAUAUGCUUGGAAAUUCGUCCUCCAUUUUGGAAUUGGCGACCCCAGCAAUGCCCCCUUCUACGCCGGCGUCCUCAUCUCCUCCUUCUCUCUCGCCGAGUCACUCUCGGGCAUGUGAGUGCUCGGAAACAGCCUUGACGCGUCGUUCGAGACUACCUGCUAACUUUGAUGAGGUUUUGGGGAGGGCUGAGUGAUAAGCUGGGCCGGAAACCAGUCUUGAUCAUGGGAUGCUGUGGUACUAUUAUUUCCCUGCUCGUAGUCGGCUUUUCUGUCAACUUUCGGAUGGCUCUCUUCGCUCGCUUUCUAGGCGGCGCACUGAAUGGAAAUCAGGGUGUCAUCCAGUCCAUGGUCGGCGAGCUGGUUACAAACCCACAACAUGAACGUGAGUUCUGGGCAACAAAUCUUUCGACACAUGGCUGACACGUGCACAGCGAAAGCAUACGCUAUAAUGCCCUUCGUGUGGUCGAUAGGUGGAAUUGUCGGUCCUUCUGUAGGUGGUUUCUUCGCCGAGCCAGCUGAAAACUUUCCAAAUCUCGUCCCCCGAGGUGGACUUUUUGACAGAUUUCCCUACCUUCUGCCAAACGUCGUGUGCGCUGCACUAAUGGCCAUCUCCAUCUUUGCCGCCUACUUUUGCCUCGAAGAGACCCACCCCGACAUGCAACCUUGGAGCACCCCGCAGGAUCUCGAAGAGACGAACGCAAGAACGCCAUUAAUACCAGCCCAGGCAAGCACAACUACUCCGGCCGUCAACCUGGAGCAAGAGUCAAGCUACGGCACUUUCAACCCCGUCGACGAGGAGGCAGUCGUGGAGGAAUGGGAUGUCCAGCCAGAUGGCACCACGCGUACUCCCAGCAUUCGCAGCGCAUCCGACGACAAAGUCUUCACGAAGCGCGUCAUCAUGCUUACGGUCGCUCUCGGCAUCUUCACGUAUCACUCCAUGACCUACGACCAUUUGUUCCCAAUUUUCUGCCAGGACGGUAGAGUUCCAGGAGGCGAGAUCCUCCAGGUUCUGGCCAAGAGCAUGGCAACUCAACACGGCUCGCUUGCCGGUGGUCUGGGAUUGAGCAUCCAGCAGGUCGGCAUCAUCAUGUCUGUUAACGGCAUCAUUGCACUUGUCGUUCAAGCAAUCAUCUUCCCCCUCAUGGCAAGCUGGCUUGGAGUGUGGAAGACUCUUAUCUUUACAGCGAUUGGCCAUCCUAUCGUGUACUUCAUUGUGCCAUAUCUGGCACUUCUUCCCGACAGCAAGCUAUUAUACGUAGGCAUCUACGCCUGCCUAACCGUCCGAAAUCUGUUCUCUAUUCUGGCUUACCCAGUCCUCCUGAUCUUGAUCAAAGAAGCCUCGCCAAGCCCGUCGUGCUUCGGCAGAAUCAAUGGAUUGGCGGCUUCCACCGGCGCUGCAGCUCGCACAAUCGCUAGUCCCAUUGCAGGCUUCGUCUACGGCCUCGGCGUCAAGAUUGAAUUCACCGCUCUCGCCUGGUGGGUUUCCGCGCUGGUGGCUCUCGCUGGUACCAUCCAGGCUUUCUUCAUCAAUCGCGUUAGUCAAGGACCUCAGCAUCGCGUACGGACGGUCGCUCCGUGCCACUUCAUGCCCGAUGAGCAGAGAAAACAUCGGCCUUCGGUCGUUCGUAUCAAAGUGCACGAUGACAGUGGAUAUUCGAGUGCGGCGGAUGCGGAUGAGAGGACGCCGUUCGCUUCUAGAAUGCGGUGA